CCGAUUGGCGAUUACCAUCCAAUAACAACAACAACAAACCGUUGGAGCCUCUCACGGUUUGACCGACUUCGGCCGCCACACAUUAAUAUCUACUUUAAAUUAUCGACGUUAUGUCGUGUCGGCAGUACCGGACGGUGUGAAACCAGAGGCUUUUUGAAAUUAUCGAGAUGCCACGAAGGAACAAGAACAACCAGAACAACGUCCGUGUCGGCGAAGGGCUGAAAAUAGCCGUGGAAGUGGCAUUCAAGAAGUUUCUGAACACAGAAGAACUCAAAGAAUGGGAAUUUCCGAGUUCGUUCACCGCCUCGGAGAGGGCCUACGUUCACAUGGAGGCGAGGAAGCAAGGCCUCAAGUCGAAAAGCAGAGGGAAAGGAAGUGCUCGCUAUUUGACUGUUUACAAGCGAGAAGGGUCAGCUAUUAUGCAAAAGGACGCCACUGUCAACUUGACUCAGAUAUCAAGAACAUUUUUAACUACUCUUCUCACAAGAUAUGCUGUUUCAGCAAAGGAAAGACAGGAUUGCCUUCCUCCUGUUGAAAGAUGCAAAGAUGUUUAUCAGGAUGGCAAGGACAGUUCUCGAGCUCUGGGACGCAUCUCAGUCGGCAGCCCUCAAGUGCCACCCCCUGCAAAUAAGCCCAUGACUCAGUUUAGAUGCUCAUUGCCUGUCUAUUCACAGAUGGAAACUAUUGUUCAGACAAUCAGUGAUAAUCCUGUUACUAUCAUUACUGGUCAGACGGGAUCAGGAAAAACCACUCAGAUUCCCCAGUAUCUUCUGGAAUGGCAUGAGCGAACAGGAAGGCCUUGCAUGAUAAUAUGCUCUCAACCUAGGAGGAUCGCUGCCGUUUCAGUUGCUGAAAGGGUCGCAGCCGAAAGGGGUGAGAAGCUCGGCCAGUCGAUUGGAUAUCAAAUCAGGCUUGAGGGAAAAAUUUCCGCUUUUACCGUCUUGAUGUACUGUACGAGCGGUGUUUUGCUCCGAAGCCUGAUGUCUGCCGAGAGUAUGCUAGCGUCGGUGACACAUGUAAUUAUCGACGAGAUACACGAAAGAGACAGGCUUUCAGAUUUCACUCUCAUCGUUUUACGAGAAGCUUUGUCUAAAUAUCGCUCACUCAGGCUAGUCCUCAUGUCUGCGACGCUGGAUGCCAAACAAUUUUCGGCUUAUUUUAACAACUGCCCUAUAAUUCCAGUACCUGGAAAGCAGUUUGAGGUGAAAGAGUAUUUCCUUGAAGACAUAUUAAAACAAACUGGUUACAUGAAUGCAGAAAUGGAAAAGUUCAGAAAACAGUUGGAAAAAAGGAGGGCACAAAAGGCCGCUUUAGACAAGUGGACCGCUGUCAUGCAAGGAACCUCUGAUGAUCUCGUUAACGAUAGUCCCCAGAUCGAUGCAAACACGUCCAAUACAGAAAUGGACGCUGCACUUUUUGAAGCCUGGACCAACGGUACUGAAAGCGCUUUUGCGCAAGUAAUAUAUAUAAUUCAAUCAGAAGCAGUCGGAGUUGAUUACCAGCAUAGUGAUACCGGAGUUACAGCUUUGAUGGUAGCAGCAGCCCGUGGAUCGUUGGAAACGGUCGAACAACUUUUAUGUUUAGGGGCGAAUGUUUAUGUCAGAUCUUCCAAUGACUAUACCGCCUUGGACUGGGCAAAGCAUCUCUCCAGGCAGGAAAUCAGUGAUACAUUAGAAGCGUACGCACUUAACUUUGAACAAAAUACAACUGCUGUGAAAGAAUGUGAAAAAGGAAACAAAAAAUUAAGCGAUGCUGAUAUGGAAAUGCUCGAGUUGUACAGUAACGCUGCUAAUGACGAUGUUAUUGAUUAUAAACUGAUAUUAACUUUAAUCUCAAAUAUACACCUUGAGAGUAACAAUAAAGGCGGGAUAUUGGUUUUUCUCCCAGGGUAUUCUGAAAUAAAUACACUUAAAGAAAUCAUAAUGGCCGAGAGCAAUAGACUGAAUCAAAAAAGUAAAAUAAUUCUUCUAAUGCUGCACAGUAAUAUGCAGACAAGCAUGCAGAGGCUUGUGUUCAGGCCGACCCCUCCCAAUGCGAGAAAGGUGAUCUUGUCAACAAACAUAGCUGAAACCAGUUUGACAAUUGAAGAUGUCAUUUAUGUUAUAGAUACUGGGAAAGUUAAAGAAAAAUCUUAUAAUGCAUUAACUGGAGCCAGCCAAUUGUCGACCAUUUGGAUAUCAAAAUCUUCAGCGCUUCAAAGGAAAGGAAGAGCGGGUAGAGUUCAGGCUGGAGUGUGCUACAGGCUCUACUCUACUUUACGUUACGAGGCUAUGAAUCCGAAACCUUUACCUGAAAUACUCAGGACUCCACUUUCUGAAUUGUGCUUGUUUGCAAAGCAGUUAGCACCGCCUAAUACGUCAAUUGUCGAUUUUUUGAUGAGAGCUAUCGAUCCUCCUUCUAUUGUGGCGAGUAGAAGUGCAGUAGCUCUCUUAAAAACAAUUGAUGCUCUUGAUACCUGGGAGGAUCUAACUGAUUUAGGACACCAUCUGCUAGAUUUACCUGUUGAUCCACGUUAUGGGAAGAUGCUUAUAUACGCUGUAGUACUCAAAUGUCUUGAUCCUGUCCUUACGAUCGUGUGCUGUCUUUCUUACAAAGAGAUUUUUACACUCCCCGAGGCGAAUUCGGACAGAAAGAAAAUGGCCAGCGAUCGCUCCAAGUUUUCAAAUGGGAGCCUUAGCGACCACAUGGUCUUACUCAAAGUAUUUCAGGCUUGGCAAGAAGCAAAGAAGCAAGGCCGGGACAAGCAGUUCUGCUACCAGAAUUGUGUCAACGGGGCCAACAUGGAAAUGAUAAUGGGAACGAGGGCUCAAGUCCUUGCUCAGCUUAGGGCGUCUGGCUUUAUAAAGUCCAAAGCCCCGUUAGAUAUCAAAUAUGUCAACUCAAAUUCAGACAACUGGGCUGUGGUGAAAGCCGCGCUCAUAGGUGGACUGUACCCUAAUAUUGCUCGGAUUGAUAGAGAACACAAAGUUAUAAGGACUGUCAAAGAACACAAGGUUAGGGUCCAUGCAACAUCUGUGCUCACAGAAAAUGCAAGUUCUAAAAAAAAAGUUGUCGAGGGCCUUCCUUCCGAUUGGAUAAUAUACGAAGAGUUGACUAAAGUUGGCCAACAGUCUUAUAUAAGGACAGCAACAGUCGUCUCUCCCAUAACAGUCGCUGUAUUUGCCGGGCCGGCUAAAAUUCCGUUCGACGCCUACUCCGACUCGCAAUUGGAAGGAAGCAUUGGGUCAGACAGCGAGGAAGAGGACGUUGGACCCAACCAGACGGCCACGCUUAAAGUCGACGACUGGGCCACAUUCAGGACAGAUUCUGAGGCUGCCCAGCUGGCCUUACAACUCAGAAUCAAAUGGCAUUCUCUUCUUGCUAAAAAAUUAAGACUGAACAAAGUGCUUAAUUAUAUGGAAGAAAUGGUAAUUAAUACAAUAGUUAAAGUGCUCUCUGCUGAAGAACAAGCGCUUGGAUUGAUUCACCCUCCUGGAGUUGGAAAAAGACCUUACCUUAUGACACCUAAUACAGUUUCAUCAGGAAGGAUGGAUUUCAGUGAUACUGACAGCAAUAUUUCUUUGUUAGGGUCAGAAGUAAACCAGCCCAAUCGAAACCGAUCGUCCAAUUCAGCUUCACCUGCUAAAAAUUUUGAAAGAUUCAACUGUACGUCGAAGAAUUUUGACGACAGUACAACUCCACUCGUUGAAUCUGCUAUAGAAACUCUCAGAUCAAACUUUUCAGGUGCGUCGCCUUUCAGAUAUUUUGUAAUCAAGGCAGGUAUUAUGAAAAACAUUGAACUUUCGUUUGUACAUAAAAUGUGGUCGUUCUUGCCGAUGACUCAAAACAGAAUUGUUCAAGCCCAUAAGGGUGGAAAAACUGUGUUAUUAGUCUUUAGCAUCCAAGGGUCCAAUCACUUCCAAGGUUACGCCAGGCUUACGAGUGACAUGCCUGUGAGCCCGGAAUCAAUUCCGCCCGAGUUGAUCCCAGGCUCUUUGUACAACCCGCCUCUUCCGAUUGAAUGGAUCAAACGUUCAAAUGUUCCACACCACGCGACUCGUCAUAUUUUUAAUCCUUAUAACGAAUACGCCGAAGUGUUGAUGAGCCGCGAUGGGCAGGAAAUUGAGCCGAGUGUCGGUGAAAUGUUGCUGCAGCUACUGGAUGGCCACAGCUGGUCUAACAAUUCAUAUUUUCAAAGAGGGCCGAGGGUGAACCGAGCACUUUUCAACAAUUAUAAAUAAUUAUGUGAUUUUAAUUGUUAAUUAUUUAAGUUUUAUUUAUGUUACUUACGGGUUAAUUUUUUUAUUUCUAAAAUUAAUUUAUUAUUGCUUUGGCUAAGC